AUGGCAGCGUCAAAUGUUUUUAGCGCCAAAGAAAUUGCUGACAUUAUAAUGGAACAACCAUCAACUGACGAGAGUGCUGAAGAAUCUUCAGAUACCACCACCAUUGAAGAUGAACUUUCUGAUUCCAAUUUUGGAAACCCUAUGGUCUCCUCAGACUCAAAUUCUUCAAGUGAUGGUGAAAUGAAAACAACCCCCUGUGCACCAACAAGAGGUCGGGCAAGGGUUCGUGGUGGAGUGAAAGGAGGUCGCGGACAACAUAGCAUAACUCCCACCCGUGGUGGAGUGCGAACAAGAGGAGCCAAAUGUGGAAGCGUUGUGAGGACGAGGGCUCUUGCAGGUGGUGACCCCAGGCCAUUGUUAGAGGCUCUGGCGAAUGGUGGUUUUGACGCUGAUAUUGAAAGUAAUGAUAUAGAUCAUGUAUUGGAACAAGAAGGUGAUUCACAACAACCAUUCCAUACACAUGAACCACAGACAAUAAAUGUCCGAAAUGCUGAACCGGCCAAAAGGCAACAUAUAUGGUCUGAUGUAGCAAGUGGUCCUCCUAUAUUUCAAUUUGAUGAGCAAUCUGGUCUUCUUGUGGAGACGCACGAUGAUAUAAUCCCUCCUUCUGAGAAGAAACAGCGACCCACAAAGCCAUGUCGGAUUUGUUCACAGAAUAAACAGAGACACGAAAGCCGUUACUUCUGCCCAGUCUGCAGAGAAAAACCAGCAUUGUGCGUAGAUAAAUGUUUUAGGCAAUAUCAUAAUGAGAAAAACUGA